GUUUAAGACGCAGGGACGUGCAUUUUCAUAGGCGGUAAAUUGAACUGGACGAACAAAUACGGAAGACAAAGAUACCGCUAAAAAAUAUCAAUAAUGAAAGAAUGAAAGAAAAGGAAGCUUCGGAUAAGAUACCAAUACCGAUGCAACCCUCCAGUUCUGCAAGUUUAUCCUCUACCUCAAACUCAGCUGCAAGUGUUCUUGAUGAUGAAAAUUCCAGCAUCCGACAGCAGAAACUGGAUAAGCAGCGUGCUCUCCUGGAGCAGAAGCAGCGGCGGAAGCGGCAGGAGCCCCUGAUGGUGCAGCCCAACCCCGAGGCCAAGCCGCGGCGCUCCAAGCCCAGGAGGAGUGAGGAGCAGGCCCCGCUGGUGGAGUCUCGGCUCAGCAUCAACAGCGACGUCAUCCUGGACGUGCUGGAAGAGGUCAUGAGCUGUCCCGCAAAGAUAGAAAUCAUAGCAGAAACUCCCAGGCCACCAAUACCGAUGAAACCAAGAGAGGCAUUUCAGGGCGGAGGGGAGAACGAGAAAAUUGUGGAUUACAAGGUGGAGCAGCCAGGUCUCAGAGAGCAGAGAGCAGGAAAAAAGGGAAAAUCAAAAGUACUUAGAUCGCAAGGUAUCGAUGGCCCGGCUGCAUUUUUGACAGCAGAAGUUCCGGAUCUUGGCACCAAAGUUGAGAUCCUGUCUGUGAGCCAGUCUCCACCCAGCGAGGAUGGUGACAGAGAUGGUGACAGAGAGACCCUCCUCAAACCCUCAUCCAAACCAGAUAUACAGGACAUCAUGCAGAAGAGAGCUGAGAAACCCAGAGAGAAGGUGAUAAGUUCGGGGGCCGAGGCAGGGUGUGACGCAGUGGAGAAAGGGUCCCUAGAUGAGAUCCCUGUGGAGCCACUGCCACCCCCCAUGUCAGCCCGUGAGAAACUGAUACAAUCAGGGAUCUCUGGCAGUCUGAACUUUGAUGAAGAAGACAGUGAUGAUGAAGAAAAGAGUGCCAGAUCCCAGUCUCCACACUCUGAGAACCCCCGACCUGCCUCCACCAGCAGCGUCAAAUCCAGCACCGACCGAGCUGCCCCUACACCCCCCCAGGCAGACGACUCGUCCAUCGAGGUGGAGAAUCUGGAGGAAUUCUCGCUGCGGCCUGCCCCACGCAGCAUCACCAUCAAGUGCCGAAUCACACGGGACAAGAAGGGCAUGGAUAGGGGACUCUACCCCACCUACUUCAUGCACCUGGAGAAGGAUGACGGCAGAAAGGUGUUUUUACUUGCAGGCAGGAAGAGGAAGAAGAGCAAAACGUCUAAUUACCUGAUUUCUGUCGACCCCACAGACCUCUCCAGGGAAGGGGAGAGUUUUGUUGGCAAGCUAAGGUCUAACAUGAUGGGGACAAAGUUUACUGUGUAUGACAAUGGGACCAACCCAACCAAGGCACAGGGUCUGCUGGAGGAGAGUAACACACGUCAGGAGAUGGCUGCCAUCUGCUAUGAGACCAAUGUCCUGGGUUUUAAGGGCCCGAGGAAGAUGACGGUGGUAAUCCCGGGGAUGAACAUGAGUCAUGAUAGGGUGCCAGUGCGACCCAGGAACGAUCACGAGAGCUUGCUGACUAAGUGGCAGAACCGGUCCAUGGAUAACCUGAUUGAGCUGCACAACAAGGCGCCCGUGUGGAACGACGAUACGCAGUCCUACGUACUCAACUUCCAUGGCAGGGUCACGCAGGCCUCCGUGAAGAACUUUCAGAUCGUCCACGAGAAUGACCCGGACUACAUUGUGAUGCAGUUUGGAAGAGUAGCAGAAGAUAUCUUCACUUUGGAUUAUAACUACCCCAUGUGCGCCUUGCAGGCCUUCGCCAUUGGACUCUCCAGCUUUGACAGCAAGCUCGCCUGCGAGUGAGGGGCAGGCUCGACACACUAACACUAACCUAUCUUGGACUGGUUUGUUUUGUUUUUUUUAAAUGCAGGGAAACCCUAUUUAUUCAGCAACGGUGUACUUUAUUGCAAUCGUGUGAACUUGACGUACAAUGAAAUCAUGCAGAGGCCGAGAAAUCGCAACAAACGUGGGUGACUGUAAAUCAUGAAGCAUUUAUUGUAUUUUUUAUUUAAUUGUUAUUGUUUGUAUGUUUGUUUGUUACAAUGUUGUUGGAUCACAUCCUUGUUUACCAUCCUCAAAGCUGUCCUACAUUUCAAUACCUGUACUGCAGUUUUAAGGUAGGCAGACAGUAAGUAAGCUGGACUUCUGACAGGGACACACAGGGAGUGACGAAGACAAAAAGACGUAUAGAGUUGGACCCAGGAUGGCCUUCACUCAAGUGAAAUACACUUACAAAGUUUUUUUAGAGGGGGUACUUGGUACAACACAUGCAGUGGGCUCCAAACAUACAGUACAGCUCCCCAAUUAGAUAGUGACUAGGGUAUGCCAUGGCAAUGAUAAUUAUAUUUAACCUGGAAUUUUCUGCCAUUCAAAAACUUUACCGGGAAAAACUGUUGAAUAUUAUUAUUUCAGAAUAUUGCUGGAAACCACUUUUUUAGUAAAUCACCACUAUUGGUAAUUGUAACUAGGGCUUCUGACUUUAACUGAUAAAACACCCCAGAUACAAAAAAUGAAACCAGUGUAUAGCAAAUAAACACCUGAAAAACACUGGCAAUGCUUACUCAAUUCACGGUGAUUUCACCCCUUUCCCAUAAAAAAACCUACUACAAAAGAAACAAAAACAAACUACCCUUCCGUGCAGCUGGGCAAUGUCCCUCCUUCCGUGAGUCGUAUCUAUCAUUGAUUCGUUCUGAAUACUUUAAACCCACCCCAACUACUGAGUGGCAGCAAAUUCUACAUUUCUAUUGGAGACUCCGCUUGUGAGAUUUAAAACGAGAUAACAAUUACAGUAGAAGGCUUGUUCGUGGGAUUUAAAGGUUCAGUUAGUGAGAAUUUAGAACAGAAUUGUAAAUUGUAGCGAAAUGUAAAAAAAUGGCUUGACACACAAAAAACCCAGAAGAAUGUGCCCGUGACCAUAAGGAGUUUGUUGUGGAAGACAGCAAAGGAAAGAAGGUACAAUCCAGUCAGUACCCAUUUGAGAUUUCCCAUUAAAAUGCUUGUAAUCUGAGGAUAUCUGUUUCACAGGCUCCAGACCUGCAGUUACAGGAAGGCUUUCAAACCCCCUUGUCAGUGCUCCUCUUCGGGUAAUUUGAUCAAUCUGUACCUUGCUGGGAUGGGAUGGAUUUAUUUUUACAGCAUUUUUAUGUGCAAUCCAGAUAUAACCACAGAUAGGUGGUUGAUGCAACCCAGCAUGAUUCCUCAGUGGUGCGAAAUGCUCUUAAAAAAUCUGACUGUGGCUUAUCCCAGCAGGGCACAGGUUCAUCAAAUCAACCACUUGGCCUUAUUCAGUAUAACCCUUUCACUUUCACUUUUGUAUUUGAAAUUACAAUUCUUUUGAGGUACUGUGUGAUGAGAAUAUGAUUUAACUGUUUAAUUUUCCAGAGGGAUCUUUAUUAACCUUUUUAUAUUCAUUUUAAUGUGUUAGGAUGCAUGUACAGUAAUGCUUUGUAAUGCAAAUAUGUAAAAGAUCUGCAUACAAUUUUAGCACUAUCAUGUUUUUAAAGAGAUUUUUAAUACAUAUUUGAUAGCAUUAUUUAAUAAUAAUACGAACAGGAAAAAAACAAAUGUUUGUAAAAACUGGACUUAAUAGAAAUUUGAUAAUGUUGAGCAUUUGACGACGAAUCUGCUUUUCCUGCAGCAGGUUUGAUAUCUGUCAUAUUAAAGCUUUGCAUAAAAAAUAUUUCUGUCACUAGUCUAAUAUACUAUGCAGAUUUGUUUUCUGUUUUCUCUGUUUUCUAAGUUGACAGUGGUACAGAAGAAUUAGACUGCAUUUAGACUACAGGGGUACAAAAAUCUAUAUCAAUAAGACCUAUAUUUUUAAUAUGCACCGGUUAAUUGCUUAAAGGAGAACAUCAAGAUUAAAAAUACAUGUGAAAUCUAAAACGUUUAUAAACCAGAGGACCGUGACAAUGGUACCAAAUUUAGAGUGAUUUUAAUCUUGAAAGCCUUCCUUUUAAAUAAAGUAAACAACCAGUGUAGGGCUUGGCUACCCCCUAUUCCAGGAGUGUGUCUAACUUACUGUAGUUCAAGCAGGUAUAGUAAACCUUGUACUGUAGAGACUGUUACACUUGGGCCAGCCUUACAGUUAUUAUUAUUAUUAUUAUUUAUUUCUUAGCAGACGCCCUUAUCCAGGGCGACUUACAAUUGUUACAAGAUAUCACAUUAUUUUUACAUACAAGUACCCAUUUAUACAGCUGGGUUUUUACUGGAGCAAUCUAGGUAAAGUACCUUGCUCAAGGGUACAGCAGCAGUGUCCCCCACCUGGGAUUGAACCCACGACCCUCUGGUCAAGAGUCCAGAGCCCUAACCACUACUCCACACUUAGCAUCAUUUACUUUGCACCACUUCUUUGAAAAAGGCAAAUGGAAUAGUGUUACAAACUGAGUAAGAAAGAGAAACAGAGAAACAACUUGAGGGACCCUUUUAAGUUCUCUUAAGUAAAUAUUGUUUUGUAACAAACAUUUUUAUUUUUCUUUCCCUUUGGAGUAACAACUUUGUGUCUUAUUUUCAUGUCACUGUUUUUCUCAUCCGGUGUUCAUACAUUCCAGUGCUAAGCUUUUAUUGUAUAAAUGUCUUUAAAGAAAAGUUGUCUAAUGGCCUUAGGUAGGAAACCCCUCGUUUUCUUACCAGUGAGGGCCCCUUAUGUUUAUAUCCAGUUCAGUGGAAUGGCAGAAUAUGUUUAAAAUCAGUUUCCCUCAAAAUAGGAUAUUUUCUUCUUUUUCUUCUUAAAAACAGCUGCAUAAAGAAGUCCCUGAUAAUAAAUCAUACACCAACUGUGAUUAAGGGUUUUUGCUGUUGCAUUUUUAGCAUAAUGAUCUUUGUCACAGUUCCAAUGCUAUUGCAGUCAGAGAGGUCAAGUACAUGGAGUACAUGGAGACAUGACACUACUGAGCUAACCCUAGGGUUACAUUUCAGUUAUGGCACUGCUGUCCUGAUUGCGCCUUUUAAAUGCACCAGAUAACAAAAACUAUGAUAACUGUACAAUUACAAAAACUAUGAUAACUGUACAAUUAUUGAUUACCAACACAGCAUUUUGACACAGUACAUCAGGGAUCUUUUAUCCCAGUAUUUUUUGUUAUUUGGUAACAAAGGGCAGCUUUGUACAUCACAGCAUGUGGUGCCUUCAUGAUCCGUAGUGUGAACCAUUAAUGCCCCUUUUACACUGGCACACCCGAGCUGAGCCGGUGCCGAGCCCGGCCUGCCUGGUACGGCUGGGGUACCUUGAGUUGCUUUUACACCGAAGAGCCGAGCCGAUCGAAUGACGUCACGUGUAGCGAACAUGCUGAGUCGCAGAGAAUAGAGAGGAGGCGUAUGGCAAAAAAGGAAUGUUUAUUUUUUCCUCAUGCUUUGUUGUUCAAGCAUUUGCAGGCAGUAUGAACUUUCUAGCCUAAAAUAAGUAAUAAUGAUAACAAAAAAUAACCAUGAAGUCAUGCUUGAAUAUGUUGAUUAUUAUAGCUCUAUACAAAGAUGGUCCUUAGUUUUCUAUAUUAUUUUAUUUACGAUUAACUUAUUUAUAAUGCAACAUUAAAACAAUAUGUCUUAUCUAACGUAAGUUAAAGGAGUUUCGUUAUUUCUGUUUAAUACUUAACAGAAAGGCCCAAGUUAAAUCAAAACACUGACUCUCGUCAAAUAAUUACAAACUGUUAAUGUAUGGAGAUUCAAAUUUAGUGACAUGGUCAAAAAAUAAAUAAAUAAAUAAAAGUACAAAUCCGUAAUACUUUAGUUUUACCGUUGUUAAUCUGUGAAAAGACAACUUCAAUGACAGUAAAGACAACUUCAGUGACAGUAUACCCUGAAAAAAGAAACUUAAACAUAAAAUAAAGGCAAAAGCAAUAAGGUUACAGAUGCAACAGUCAAGCUGCACCAGUGUCAUGAUGAAAGUCAAUAACCACUCCCACGACCUGCUUCAGCCCUGAGCCACAUUCAGAUAUGUUAUCGGGCCGGAGUUUCGCGGUACGGGUCGGUUGGGGUCGGGUAUAUUGCCAGUGUAAAAGGGGUAUUGGAAAAGCAGACAGUGGUGUUGCUUGCAAGUACUUUAUGUUGUAAAAGUGGAAGGAGAACCAAUGAAGCAGAAAUAUUCUAUAGGAAGCCUGUUAGCAACAAGAGCUUGUGGCCUUGUCAAAUUAAAAACCAAAAGGGAAUUAUUUAUUUAGAUUUGCAAUAGAUCAUUUUCCAUUUAUAUUUAUAGCUUCAAAUCUCUUAAUAAUGCCAUUCUCUAUUGAAAUUUAAGAUUAAGCCCUUAGGACCUGAGAUUUUAAUCUUUUAACUUCAUAGGUGAUCAAAGAAGAAAAAAGCACACAAUCAAAAUUCAUGCCUUAAUAAAAUCGAAGCAAACUUUAAAUAUCUUCAAGAUUUGCUGCUGUUGUGUUUAAACCAGAAGAGAUCCUUUUGGUUUAAAAAAUAAUAAUAAAAUCAUGUUAAUAAAAUAAAUAAAAUCCUCAACCAGUUGCAGUAUUGACAAAAUACUGAUGUGAAAUACCAGAAGGGACAACUUGUAUUUGUAAUACUAUAUUUUGAUACAUAUUGCUGUUGUAUUGAUGUGUAAUGUUUGUUUUAUUGAAUUUUUGUUUGUGUCUUGUCUUUUAAAUAUAAUAAAAUACAAAUGGCCAGCA